UGAAAAUGUUAUUCGUAGAGUCUGCAGAACACAGUGUGGACGCACAACGAGUGGUUCAAUUCGAUAGGACUGCCUUCAUAUCAACUCUACGUAGGUACGCCGGGUCUCAACAAUUCCCGAUCGUGACCAUGGACAAGAAUACGUCUUUAAUGAUAUGGUGGAUUGUGAUUAUGACAGGUGCCGUUGGAGGAAAUCACGUCGGUAGAGAAUUCCUCAUAGGAUUUCUGGAACCGUUCUUUUCUCACAAUGCAAAAUACUUCAUCAGCAUAACAGCUCAAACAACAAGUACAGUCAUCAUUAAAAGCAUGGCAUUUGACAUUGUUGAGGUAGUCGUGGUGACGGAGAACACGUCUACCCAGGUGGACUUUCUCAAUUCUACCUUCUACCAUGGCGACCUGGAGGUAACAAAGGAAACAAUAGCUGUCAUCUCUACUGGAGAUAUAUCGGUGUCUGCGUAUUAUUUCUCAGAUGAUGCAUCAGAUGGAUACUUGGCCAUCCCUGUACAAUCGUUGUCCAAUACAUACAUUGCAGUAUCUUCCGAAAUCGUAUCAGUUUUUUCUGUAAAUUUUCCUUUAACAAACAGAUCGACAUCUGGCAUCAUAAUUAUGUCAUCAGCGGAUAGCAAUAAUGUAACCAUCAGUCUCAAACUCCCUCUCGGUGGAUCCUGCGGAAAGGCAAAACACCAAGAUGGAAAGUUCUUGCAAUUCGAGCUUCAGAAGAACGAGAUGAUUGGAGUACAGUGCUCUAACGAUCUAACAGGCACACGUAUUGUCAGUUCUAAACCAGUUGCAGUUGUCUCUGGCUCAACCAGGACUGAAUUUCCAAAAGGAAGUAAAUCUUCCGAUCGGUUGAUGGAAAUGGUCAUACCUGUCUCAGCGUAUGGCUUUAACUAUGUGCUUCAUGACCUUCCUGGAAGAUCUUCAGGAACAGUCUACAGGGUCGUUGCCAGUGAAGACACUGAUGUUCUGAGUUCGUCGGGAUCACUUUUCAACAUCAAGGCACAGGAAUUUGUAGACAUAGAUACCUUGAUCUAUGGUCCGCAGUGUAUUUCAUCCAAGAUGCCUAUUAUGGUUGUGCUUUUUGCCAAAGGAACCGACGGAAUAAAGAUUCCAAACAAUAAUCUAUUCAUGGCUAUUGUGCCGUCCAUCCAGAGUUAUUCCAGCUGGUACUCAGUAAAUCACAACAUCUCUGUUGGCGUACUGUUGUCUAACUUUGUAACUGUUAUACUUCCUAUGGAUAAAGCAGCUGGCCUCCGUCCCAGUAUCUUCUCCCAGUUCUCCGUCCUAGAGGGAUGUUGUUUCGCAGUUGCGUCAGGUACACCCCUGACUGCAGUGUACAUGAUAGAACACGAUGCAGGCAUACCGUUUGGUCUUCUUACUUAUGGACAGAGUGGAUCGACUGCUGUUGGCUUCCCCGCAGGAAUCACUUUCAAUCAAGCAGGAACCCCAUGCGGGAAAUCAGGUUGUGCCGGCACUGUGCCUUACCCUUGUACCUGUGUUGAGGCCAUUCCCACCUAUCAGUGUACUGACAACAGUCAAGGUUGCAAUAGCUCCUUGUGUUCAAACAACAGCACGUGCUCUGCAGUACAACAUGCGUACCAGUGCCAGUGUAUGGACGGAUUCGGGGGAGCCCACUGUGAAACAGAUAUAGUUGACGAUUGUCUUAGUCACAAGUGCUCUGAUGCUCAGGGUGUGUGUGUUGAUGCCAUCAACUCAUACAUAUGUAACUGUUCGGCAGGAUUUACAGGACAACAAUGUGAACAAAAUAUAGAUGACUGCAAGGGAGUAGUAUGCAAGAACAAUGGAACCUGCAUCGAUGGUACAAACUCCUAUACUUGCCAGUGCCUGACGACCUUUACGGGGAUGAACUGUGACAUAGACAUGGACCCAUGUUUGUCUUCGCCUUGCAAGAACAGCGGAAGGUGCAUCAGCUCUGGUAUCGACGCUUUCGUGUGUGUUUGCAACAACGACUACAUUGGCGAUGUCUGUCAGUACGACCUCACCGCCAUCUGCCUCAACAAGUCCUGCAGUCUGGAAUCUGGAUCCUUCAACAUAACAAGUGACAGAGAGUUCAACCUCACUCUGGACAAGCGUACACUGUCCCAGUAUAUCUAUCGGUAUGUGAGCUAUCCAGACGACAGACCAUCGGCCAAGGGCCUUGGGUAUUCUGGCGUUAUGAUCAUAAUAGCCUUCGUGUUGUGUAUACUUCUCAUGGACGUUGACAGGCUAUGUAGAAAACCACAGAAGAGAAAGAAGAAGAGGAAGAAGAUGGUGGAAAAAGCAGGACCAUCUAACGCUAUGAUGCCUAUACAAGAAUGAUGAGGGGGAUUGGGUGGCCCUGUAGUCUAAGGCCCCUCAAUUCCUUGAGCACGACAAGAACCUAUGAUUGGGAGUUCGAAUCCCGGUCGCCCAGAUUAUGCUUCUACUUUUGUCAGCACCAUACCCGUGCUCGUGGGUUUCACCAAAGUGGUUAACGUCUAAGACCUGCAUCUCUUUGGGCGCUCCUCCCACAUUAAACUGACUUGUCGUGAUGUAACUGGAAUAUUGUUAAAAGCGAGGUAAAACUGACGCUCAGCUCACUCAAUGUAGAAGGAUGAAGGUUCACUGGAGAAUGGAAGGUCUUUACUUGCUUAAACGCGGAAUAAAGUCAUGGAUAUUUUAAGUAUCUACACUGUUUCAAUCAAUGUUACAUUGCUUCUCACACCAGGAAGUCAUGGCGAUGUUCAUGUAUACCUGCCUGCACGUGUUGACGAGGUUCCUGUUACAACUGUGCUUGUGUUGCUCCAGUUCAGUUGUCAAUUUGCAGGUAUCAUAAAACAUCACUUCUUAAAUCUCAAAGUGAUCAAAACUUUAAUUUGAUUCGUUUAUGUGGUCGGCUGCUUCGCGUAGAGAGAUUUUGAAUGUGUUAAUCUGAAUUAAUCCCACACAUUGCCGUGAUGUAUUCCCCUUUGUCUGUUUUUUGUGCAUUUCAAACAGUUUAUAUUCUAUAUGUUGUGUCAAAACAGAUUUUCAAAUAUAAAAUUUAGUCAAAUCUGAUGUUGUGAGGCAAGGUGUUUGCUGAGACAAGAUUACUUUACUUUUCUGCAUAGGGUGUUUACGCAAUAAUCAUUUAAUGUUAUUACUUCAAUUGGAGGGGCGGUCGGGUAGCCUAGUGGUUAAAGCGUUCGCUCGUAACGCCGAAGACCCGAGUU